AUGGUACAAGCAGCACGGAAAGCAAAGAAAGAUCCAGGGUUUGAGAGCCACAUAUUUGAGAGCCUCCUAGCCGAGAUGGAUUCUGUCCUUGGUCGUGUUGUAGCGAUUCGACUGAGCGAGUUCGAAAAGUGGGCACGGACCGAAAUGGAGAGGCAUUUUGGAAAGGGCAAUAUCAACGUCAUCAUGAAGGUCGAGACAUCCAGUCGAUACAACUUGGAGUGGGAAGCUGUCAGUUACGAUGCGACCAUCAAAGCAAACCGUCAACUUUUCCAAAGCGCCAAGGACAGAAAGAACUUCAAGGAAUGGGUUGAGAACUACGGCGACAAAUCCUCCGAGGCUGCAGGCCGUCCACCAGGAUACAGAGGUGUGGCAAUAACUCACUUCGAGGUGAUGAAAACCUGGCGAGAAACUCAGGAGUCGCUGAAAAAACGUUGUUGA